AUGGAAAGGAAGCUGAGAUUUCUUGAAUCACAAAUCACAAAGGAUGGGAUCCUGAUCACUGGAAGGCUGGUUGAAGGAGAUUAUAGCGUGAUGCCGACACCAGAGUUAAAUCAGCUAGAGACGACGCUCACUGACCUCGAGAGGGACGUUCAAAACAUGAACGAGUCCGAUGCACAACUCAAAAAGAACUAUUUGGAACUCAAGGAAUGGGAGGCGGUUCUUGAAAAGACGGACGAAUUUUUCCAUGGAGGAGUGGAUGACCAGGCGGCUGAAGAACUUGACAUCCAAGAGGAGGAAUAUGGCAAGGGCGAGAAAAGCGCCGGUCAGGUGAGCAUUCAAAAAUUUUUGCAAAUCUUCGUCACCCUGUAG